UCAUUUUUAAAUAUCAUGUAUGCUUUUAGUCGAAAAUUACUGAAUUUUAUAUCUGUAGUACAAAUUAGUAAUUUAUCUAAGUGUAGUUAUCGAACGAGCAGUUAUAAUUUUACUAAAAUUUCAAGUCCUAGGUUUAAAAUGUCAGAGGUGGAAAAAUCUUUAAGCGCUUCACCUGGCGGUGAUACAAUUUUUGGUAAAAUUCUUAGGAAGGAAAUACCGUGUAACUUCAUAUACGAAGAUGACCGAUGUGUUGCAUUUCAUGAUAUCAAUGCUCAAGCACCUGUUCAUUUUUUGGUAAUACCAAGAAAACCAAUUGAAAUGUUGUCGGCUGCUGACAGCUCAGAUGAAACGCUGCUUGGACACUUGAUGUUGGUUGCGAGCAAAUUAGCAAAAGAACAAGGAUUAAAUGACGGUUUUCGUUUAGUAGUUAAUAAUGGAAAAGAUGGUGCUCAAUCGGUUUAUCAUUUACAUUUGCAUGUCCUUGGUGGUCGCCAACUAGGAUGGCCACCUGGCUAAUUAUUUUUAUUACUCAAUUUAAUGUUUUUUUUUUUGAUUUUCAAUAUGUAUGUGCAAAUUAUAUGAUUUAA